GUUCUCUUCUGUGGGGUUUGACGCCAUGUCCGUUCUACAUCUUUCUGCACAGACACUGUUUCUUCGACAACCUCUCAGUCUCAGCUUCCCUCCACCGUCCUACUCUUCAAUGUCAUACCUCUCUCCCUCUCCCGCGAACUUCCUUUUUUGGUCGUCCAAUUCUUCAUCCUUCACCACUCUCCAUCCGGCAAAUUUGAGGUACGACAGUAGACUUCCAUUCGUUACAAGGGCUUCUUCAUCUGGUUUCAGCGAAAGCAUCGGGGAUAUCCUCGGCGAUGUUGGUAUAUUCACUGCGUCCGGUGAACCCGUCAUGUUUAAGGAUCUAUGGGAUCAGAAAGAGGGAAUGGCUGUGGUUGCAUUCUUGAGGCACUUUGGCUGCCCCUGCUGCUGGGAACUUGCUUCUGUGCUCAAAGAGUUCAAACCUCGAUUUGAUUCAGCUGGUGUAAAACUAAUUGCUGUUGGUGUUGGAACUCCAAACAAAGCUCGUUUACUAGCCGAACGGCUACCAUUUCCAAUGGAUUGCCUUUAUGCUGAUCCCGACCGGAAGGCAUAUGAUGUUUUGGGCUUAUAUUAUGGCUUUGGCCGCACAUUCUUCAACCCAGCCAGUGCUAAAGUGUUUUCAAGAUAUAAGUCACUGCAGAAAGCUGUGAAGAACUAUACAAUUGAAGCCACACCAGAUGAUAGAAGUAGUGUCUUGCAACAGGGAGGAAUGCUUAUCUUCAAAGGGAAGCAGUUGGUGUAUGCAAGGAAAGAUGAAGGAACAGGAGAUCAUGCCUCUUUGAAUGAAAUCCUCAACAUCUGCUGCAAAGCUCCGGUUGCAUGAAUCUUGGCUGUAAUCAGUGUUCCUUCUAUCUGUUCCAGGUUCAUAUUGCUUUAUAUUGACAACGGGUAUGUAAUACCAUCUGUAUGAUCAGUUUUUCAACUAAUUGUUACCUUGUUGACAUCAUACCUAAUUUAAUAAAAUAGUACAGUUUCUGACUUAUAUA